GGUUGAACAUGUCUUCUUGCAACCUCAUGAAAGCAGUUUCUGAUGGGAAAUUUCGUCUCGGUCGAAUCCUCGCUGAAGGAGGGGCGAACGUUAAUGAGCGAAACGAGGAAAAAAUGACAGUUCUUAUGGCUGCAUGUGGAAUUGAGACAAACGAAUGCCACAGGCACCAAAAACUCAAACUCAUCCAGACUUUGCUUGAAAAUGGGGCCAAUCCACAGGACCUGGACAGAAGCGGUAAAUCGUGUCUCGAGUACACACGGUCUCAGAGCAUUGAUGUCAGGAACAUGGUGAUUAGAUACUUAGCCAAAACUGACCAAAAUUCAUCCACUGGUUAGUUUUUGGUGUGACAUUUUUUUUUCAUUUACAAUUCAUUUAUUUAAUUCAAAUUCAUGCCACUACAAAAAUGAUUCUUUUGUUAAUGUGUUCUUAUGUGAUGUUAAUUAUUAUAUGAUUUCUUGUUAUGUCUUGUAAAAUGAUAUACUUAUUCCUCUGUAAAUAUUUGAUAACUUAAUUGUAAUGUUAUUGCUGUUUUACAUUUAUGAAUGUUUUUGUUACGAGCGGAAAGUUGGAUGCAUAUUUUUCAAUAAACAUAUGUAAAAUGUUUAAAUAUCGGUCUUUCUCUUAACAUAGACAGAAGCUGUAAAUUGUGUCUAGAGCAACACGGUCUCAGAGCACUGAUGUCAGGAACAUGGUGAUCCGAUACUUGAAAAAAUGAGUUGGCAAGUUCUGUCAGAGAAAAUUGCGAUAUUAUAGUUCAUAUUUUACAAGCAUAACGUUCCCCAGGUUUAAUCAUUUGGAAACAUUUAAUAUUAUUUUAAAUUUGCAGAUAAAUUGUUAAAUUUGAUU